CAGUGUGUGAUAGAGUAUUUGUAGCCCUGUCUCAUAUCUUUUUAGUUAACAUGUUAGUUUAUGCUUCCUGAGAUUCUGUUGCACUUUGUUUUCCUUGCAUUUUGGACUUGAGUGGAUAUCCCAAAUAAAGCAAGUGGAGAAGAGCCUGACGAAGCAGCAGAGCAACAUUUUUGAGUCAUUUAGGCUCAGUUUAGCCACCACAGAGGAAACGAUGACUUCAACAGAAAAGGACCAAAAUGGGCAAAGAUGUCAGCCCUCUCAGGAGGCUGACAAGCCCCACGGGGGAAGAAAAUACAGCUGCAAUGAGUGUGGGAAGGCUUUUACUCGAAAGGAGUCCCUAAGAAAACACACAGACAUCCACACUGGAGAGAUUCUGUUCAUCUGUGACUUGUGUGGAAAAUGUUUUACUUGCCUUGGUAACUUACAAAGACACGAACGAAUCCACAGGGGAUAUAAACAGUUUAGAUGUGACUUGUGUGGGAAGUCCUUUACUCAGCGAAGUGCCCUAAAAAAGCAUAAAGUCUCUCACAGUGAUAUCACAGCAUACCGCUGUGAUCAUUGUGGGAAGCGUUUUACCCAGAAAGAAGGCCUGGAAAGCCACAAGCUCAUCCACAGUGGAGUUAAACCAUACAGAUGUGAUCAGUGUGGUAAAGAUUUUACUCAAAGUGGUAGCUUACGGAGGCAUGGAGUUACCCACUCUGGAAUUAAGGCAUACAGCUGUGACAUUUGUGGAAAAUCUUUCAACCAUAUAGGGAACAGAAAUAGACACAAACGCAUUCACACGGGACACGAUGUUUACAGCUGUGAUCAGUGUGGCAAGCAGUUUACAGAACAAGUACGCUUACAACGCCACAUGUUUACCCACACUGAGGAGAGACCGUAUAAAUGUGAACUGUGUGAGAAGACUUUUAAAUUUUCAUGGUCCCUUAAAAGGCACCAUCAGAUCCACACCAGGAAAAAACUCUACAAGUGCAGUUACUGUGAGAAGCAGAACAACCCAGAAGGAUCCAGUUUUGAACACUGCUAUCGUUGUGGUGGUGGGAAAGCAUUUCGUUGUGACAUUUGUAGAAAACUUUUCAGCCAGGAAAGGACCCUAAAAUUACAUCAACGUAGACACACUGGACACAAAAUGAACUACUGCAAAGAAUGUGGGAGAGGCUUCCCCACUCCAAGUAAAUUACGACAUCAUGAACUUAUUCACAGUGACAUUAAAAAGUACAUCUGUGACCAGUGUGGGUCAUCCUUCACCACUGCAGGUAACCUUAAAAUGCAUAAACAAAUCCACAUGGGAGAGAAACCAUAUAAGUGUAGACACUGUGAGGAAAGCUUCUCACAUUCAAGUACUCGUAACCUUCAUGAAGGAACGCAUAAAACUACACCUGUGACUAGUGUGACAGGAGUUUGAUCUUAAAAGUAUAUUAAAAUGUAAAUAUUUUGUUUUAUCUUUGAGGAAUUAAAUGUGGUAUAAUCUCCACACACUGUCCUGCUUACCAUUAAAGUUGAGUAUUGGUAAGUGUGGCUGUGUGGUGCUUAUACUAUUUUUCUCCACAAAGAGAAGGUUCCCAAGUUUGUUUGUUUUUUAAGAAUUUUUUUUUUUUUUUUUUUUUAAAUGCAUAAAAAUUUCCUACUAAUUUUAUUUUUAUCUUGUAUAGAACUUUUAAAUGCUUAUUCAACCUGCUGUGGUAAUCCCUACUACUUUUCACAAAACUGAUCCUGAAAAGUCAAAUGCAACAUAAGAAAAUGUUAGCGAAUGGGGAGAACUGCUGAUACAACGGUAGAAAACAAUCACAAAAGACAAUCAAUGUGUUUCUGGGGAGACAAUUUUGCCAACGAGCUUCAGAAGGGGAAAAAUACAAAUAAUGGGACAUAUUACACUUAAACACAUUUAGAAAGGGUGGAGAGUUAAUCAGUUCUUUGAUUGGGGGGGGGAAUUUGCGUUUUUCAUCACAAAAUUUAUGUAGUAUUGUAGAUGUUUAAUAUUAGCGGUUUACUGUUAGCCUGUUACUUUUGCAGCUUUGCCAUUACAUGAUUGUCUUCUCACAAACGCUUC